UUUCAGGUGUAUGGAGAAGAUGAGUGGUCUUUUGGAUACUGUGAGCAAGGAAGUGGAGUGUUUAGCUGCCCUGCUACAAAAAAUCCCAUGUAUACAUACCGUGAAAAAAUUGUUCUGGGACAAACAAAUCUUUCUAUCUUUAAGGUUAAUCAGAUUUUAAGGGAACUCAGUAGAGAGUGGCCUGGGUUCUCCUAUGACUUGCUAGCAAAAAAUUGCAAUCACUUUUGUGAUGAGUUAUGUGAAAGGCUUGAUGUUCCAAAACUUCCAGGUUGGGUAAACAGAUUUGCACAUGCUGGUGAUGCUGCAGUUGAAAUAGCAGGAAACACUGCAUAUCGUUUCAAACAAGUUAAGACGGAGAUUGUCACGGCAAGCAAGGUUGCAUACCGUUUUCUUGCAGGAAUUGCAUCUAACUCACAACGAUCCCCGGACAACCAGAGCUCUAAUAGGAAUUCACCCCGACUCCAAGUGUCUUGGUUUAAGAAUCUCAUUCCUGCUGGUGAUAAACCUUCCACGAGUUCAGUGCUAGAAGGACCAAACCAGGACGUUAUUAGGCAACAGCAGCAACUUGGUGAUGAAGCAUCACCGCCUCUAAGACAGAAUUCACGUCGUGACAGCUGAGUAACUUGAAUUUUAUCGCUUUGAAACUGUAUCUUUGUAAAAUUCGCUCUGAUUUAUCGCUUUAAAACUUGUGUUCUUUAUCGACUCAAAUGACUUGAAAAUUUGUUAGUCGCUUCGAUCUUGUAAUGAAAUGUUAUUUAUAUUAUUUGACCCCACAAUUUGGGAUUGUAAAGGACAAAUAGGUUUUAUAUCUAAACAAUAUAAUUAUAUUCCCUUGUAUUUCAUGAUCC